AUGCUUAUAUCGCAUGGUAUUACACUUCCAUAUGCUACUAUUCUCAAACGAAUCAGUAGAGUCCCUGCAUUCAGAGCGCUUCUGUUCAGUGCUCUGCUUUACUUGCUAGCAUUCCAGUAUUGCCGAAUCCGAUACUGGCGUGACCCACACUCGGCCUUUUUCGAUAUUACCAAUGUCUACGAUUGGGAAUAUAGUCUCGUCAGGGAACAUGAGGCAAACCACUUCAUCUCGUUUCACAAAACGAACGAUGGCUUGCGACCGGAGGAUACUGUCAUGGGUAGCAAUGAUCCUCUAAUCUGUGCUGCCUUUGUCACCGUGAAGAGGGAACGCGAUGACUAUUUUGAGCAAUCCAUCGGCUCCAUGUUGGAGGGCCUAGAUGUUCGCGAACGGCGCGCCUUGCAUCUCAGGGUGUUAUUUGCAAACACUGACCCAGCUAUCCAUCCAAGCUGGGAACAAUCUUGGAUGAAUACGGCUAUUGACUUGGUAGAAUCCUACAACGUGUCCGAGUCGAGUUUCCGACAUCUUCAGCAACUUGAGUCUGAUCGUAACUUUCAAGAGAAAGGAGUCUUGUGCGUGUCUCACAAUCCCAAUUUCCGUUUUUUUUUUUUAAAAACUCCGAUUCUGACAGCACUUAGUGACUACGUGUAUGUUCUGGAUCGCUGCCUGACUACCAACGCACCAUUCAUUGGUAUAUUCGAGGAUGAUAUCAUAUUCGCCGAUGGUUGGAUGACGAAGACACUGAAGGCCCUUAUCGAUCUCAAUCCUUCCUAUGGCCCUAGUCGAGACCAAAGCCCAUUCGAAUCCACUACUUUAGAAUCGUCCUGGUUAUAUCUCCGCCUCUUUUACACCGAAACAUUGAUGCUCUGGGGGGAGAACGACUUUGCGUACCGAAAUAUACACAUGGUAUUUGCUGCUGCUAUUGCGAUUGGGUUUCUAUCGCUGUUUUUUGCUCGUCGGCUCGUUCCUGGUCUGCAGCUGGAUUAUGGUACAAUAGCAGUCAUUUGUCUGGUUACAAUACCCGCGUUCACUGGCCUAUACUUUAUGAUUGGGAAAUAUUCCAUUCAUCCACUUCGAGGACUGGUGCCCAUGGACUCUGGUGGUUGUUGUUCUCAAGCGUUGAUAUAUUCCCGCCAGCAUGCGUCGCAGCUUAUGGAGUAUCUCCAGGAACAACGAAGUGGCCAAACUGAUUUGAUGAUCGAAGAUUUUGCUGCAAAGACCAACCUACGCCGGUUUGCAUUGGCCCCGCAACAGCUACAACAUAUCGGGAUUCGCUCCAGUCGGGGUGCCCCCGAGGUCAACGCUCAAAGUACAUGGGCGUUUUGGUUCGAAGAAAAUGAUGCCAAAAAACUUAAAAGUGAACAUGAGCAUUAUCUUGCUGACGAAAAGAUAGAGCGUCUUCUUCAAAUGUAUGAAUGA